UUUCCCACAUCCUGUUCCGGUCCGACACUUUUUUAGGUCCCCGCUACUGCCAACGUUGUGACCGAUUCAUUGGUCAAAAUAGGUUUUCCACAGGCGAGGCACCAUUUUCCGUAAACGAUAGAAUAUGUUUAAUGUCUCUCAACUAUGUUAUUAUCUAGCUACACACGCCAGAGAACGCGUAUAUAAUCAGUUUCGGGGACCUAACGUUACAUGUUGCUACUGCCGCCGGGACGUGUCACCUUGAAUUCUGCCUGCCGCUCUUUGGCUAACGCAAAGCUGACCCACUCUUCUCGUACCGCCACAGAAGUAUUGCAACUGGCCGUGGUCGGUGGUUGGAUAGUUUCAACGUUAUCUAUGUCUCAGGAAUUGCCAAAUAACCGUUUUCUCUUUUUACGCCGAAUUUUAAAAUGGGAGUAGUGCUGCGGAAUCUCCAAAAGGUGGUGCCUCUUCGCCGUGCCAGACUGCGCAAGGAUGUUGAUACACUGAGACACAUACUGGGCAUCCACAAAUUUGACCUGGGCAUCGUUUGCGUGGAUAACAACAGGAUUCAGCAAAUUAAUAACAUGUACAGAAAGAAAAAUGUGCCAACUGAUGUCCUCUCAUUUCCAUUCUACGAGGACCUGAGGCCAGGUAAACUGCCUUCCCCCCUUCACAGGGAUGAGCUGAACCUUGGGGACAUUUUCUUGGGUGUCGAGUUUGUGAUGAAGCAGUGUAAGGAGGAAGCCCUAGAUCUGCAUGGAACCCUCACUGUUGUCACUGCACACGGUAUCUGUCACCUGUUGGGCUACAGACAUGAGACGGAGGAAGAGUGGACUGAGAUGCUGCAGAGGGAACAUUACAUUUUAAGUGAGUACAACAGACUCACAGGGAGACAUCUGGAGCCACUGAUGAAGAGAUGCAGUCAGGAAAGGUGACAAUGACUGUCAACCUGCCAGCUUUACACUCUCACUAUGGUGCUUGCUGUUGUUUUUCACUACCUUUUUAACCAGGUGGACUACUGUUCUGAGUGUAUUUACUGUCAUGCUGUCUUCUCCACAAUCUGCAACUACUGCUUUUAAGGACUUUAAUGGCAGACGUACAGCAGUUUGAUUGUGGAUAUCAUCUUCAAACACUGGAUGUGAGUGUUGUUAAGGAGUUUUAAACAUCAAAUAAAAAAAGUCUGUGCACUUUCACU